AUGCCUUCUGAACCUGAUUCCCACGUCCAUGCCGACUACACAGUGGCAUGGAUAAGCGCGUUACCGCUGGAGCUCACUGCAGCGACAACAAUGCUGGAUGAGGUUCAUCCGCGACUGCCUCAGCCGCUUUCUGACACGAACGCAUACAUAUUAGGAAGUGUCCUUGGACACAAUGUAAUCAUGACAUGUCUUCCAUCUGGCUCUAUCGGAACCAAUUCUGCCGCCGCGGUGGUGAGCAAUAUGCGUUCGACGUUUCCGCAGAUCCAAUACGGGUUGAUGGUUGGAAUCGGAGGCGGUGCGCCUAGUGAUAAAAACGAUAUCCGACUCGGCGAUAUAGUAGUGAGUGUGCCAACAGGUGCCUACGGGGGCGUUGUUCAAUAUGACUUUGGGAAGGCAAUUGCUCGGGGAGAGAUUGAGCAUACAGGAAUGUUGAACAGACCGCCCGAAGUGUUGUUAUCGGGAGUUUCGAAACUCCAGGCUGAGUACAAACGGGAGGGAAAUCCCAUACUUUCUAUGCUCGAGGAGAGGUCGGACAUGAAUGAUCUGGCGGGUACGUACAGAUUCCCCGGAUUAGAGCAAGACCGGCUUUUUGAAGCAAAGUACGAGCAUGUACAGUCCAAGGAAAUAUGUGGUCUAUGCGAUGUCGGGAGAAUAAAGCAAAGAAGCCCUCGGAAGUCACAUGAACCCGAGAUUCACUAUGGUUUGAUUGCGUCGGGAAAUCAAUUGAUAAAGAAUGGCGUGACUCGCGAGAUGCUGGCGAAGAGAUUUGGCUUUCUUUGCUUUGAAAUGGAGGCCGCAGGACUCAUGAACCAAUUGCCUUCGUUGGUCAUUCGAGGAAUAUGCGAUUAUGCGGAUUCCCACAAACACGACAAAUGGCAGGGAUAUGCUGCUAUGACAGCAGCGUCUUAUGCACGCCUGCUUCUUUCAAUAUUGCCAUUGGUUGUGCCCGUGAGAGUGGCUGAGCAAAGUAAAGCCUAUCAAGGUCUCUUCUUGACAGACCCCGAGGAUGAGAUGAAUUCACUAAAGAGAAGGAAAGGGAGUCGCGCUCCUGGAACAUGCGAGUGGCUUCUUGAAACACAAGACAUGCUACGCUGGUUGAACUCAAAGCCAUCUGAGACUGAUAUCUGGAACUUCUGCUGGCUCUAUGGCAAUCCGGGUACAGGCAAAUCCACAAUGGCAAUCACUUUAGCAGAAAAGCUAGCACGGCAUGAUCUAUUUAUAGAUGGUAAUGCGAGGCUGGCAUACUUCUUCUGUGAUUCGAGCAACGAAGUACAAAGAACGGCCAUUGCUGUGCUACGUGGACUGCUUUAUCACCUUAUCAAGAACAGUCCGUCACUAAUCGAUUUUGUCAUGCCAAAAUACCACGCUCGCCGGGAAAAGCUCUUCACGUCUUUUGACGCGCUAUGGGCUAUCCUUCUAAUGAUUGGGCGUGAAAGUGGUCAAGCAAUUUACUGCAUUAUCGAUGGCCUUGAUGAAUGUGAUGUCGAGUCUCAAACGACACUCAUGGGCCAGUUCAAUGCAAGCUUUCAAGGGCACAAGUCGCCGGACCUUCACAUACUUGUAACUAGCCGGCCAUACGAGGAGAUUCGCCGCAGCCUCUGCGACUAUCCAAGUUACAACCUGAGCUCUUAUCAAAGAGUUCAAGACGAUCUUGCUACUAUGAUUGAAUCAAGGGUUGAUGAGCUUAGCAGAAGAAACCGCUAUCCCUAUAGAGUCAGAAGAAAAGUGUCUGCUAUCCUGAAAGAACGGGCCGAAGGGACAUUCCUAUGGGUAGGCAUAGCAUGUGAUGAACUGAAGCACACACGUGCAAAGGAUGCUGUGCAAACCUUGAGACGGUUGCCUAAGUCACUCAACUCAGUUUAUCAGAAAAUGCUUGAUACGGCUCUUGAUCAAAGCAGUGAAGACACAGUUGUAAUAAAGCGAAUUCUCAGCUUUGUGGCAGUUGCCCGUCGCCCAUUGAGCACUCUAGAGCUAGCAGACGCAUGUCAGCUCUACGAGUGCCAAGAUAGGGACUACCAACUUGCCUUCCUACAUGACGACAUUCAUGCAUGUCGGCUAUCGAUUAUCUUGGAUGAUGGUGUGGUAUUUCUAUUGCACAAGUCUGUCAAGAAUUUCCUGCUCAAUGAUCAGAACAACCGAAUUAUAGACGAGAUUUCUGCACAUGCAGAUCUUGCAUAUUGCUGCAUUGAUCGCAUUCUGAGUUCAUAUAAGGCGAAUAGAUGGGGCGGUGAUGUCCAUGAUGCUACCGACUUUUUACAGUAUUCUGCGGAGUAUUGGCCCGAGCAUGCGCAUGAAGCAGAAUCAUGCUUUACCAUCCAGAGAAAUCAAGUUGAAUUCUUUGAACUUCGAUCUCCGUCUCGAGAUUGGUGGUUAGAUUACAUGAGAUCACUAUACAUGUUCGACUUGUCCCAUGAAGUCCCUUUCAAUUUCUCCAUCUUUCACGUGGCAGCUCGCUGGGGUAUUCCUUGCUUAAUAUCCUACGUGCUGUCCCAACAGGAAGCGUUUAACCUUGAGCAAAGGGAGAUUAUAUCGGAAAGUCUAAGUCAUGAGUACUUGAGUACAAUCUCAUCGGAUGGCAGAACACCACUGGACGAGAGUGCCUCAGCAGGACACUUGGAAGUAUUUACUCUUUUGCUUGAGAAAGGGGUUUUUCCGGAUUCGGGAAAUGCGUCCAAAGAGACUCUGCUUUGGCAAGCUGCAUAUCGUGGAUAUCAUUCGGUAGUCAGAGUGUUGCUCGAGUCAGCUCGUGUUGAGGUGGAUGCGCUAUCUGUGGAUAGAAUCUCACCACUGAUGGCAGCAGCAGCCGGGGAACACACCGGGAUUGUUCAGAUGCUUCUUCAAGCUGGGGCAGAUCCGCUAUUUGUCAGCGCAAAGGGAGAAACGGCAUACUCUUUGACACCAGAGGCAAAUCUGAGGAUACGGAAUCUUGUAAGAGAAUAUGGGGCUUCAUAA